GACUGACAACAAAGGUUGCCAGAUCCCCUCUGCAGUUCCCAAAACCUAUGGAAGAUACCACAUUACAUGAAGACCGUAGUAAAGCUUGUGAAGAGUCUACCCCGGAAGAUUUGUUUGAUUUCUCAAGCUGAAGUUAUUCAGGAAUCUGGAGACAUCGUGCUGGAGCUUUUGGGGUGGCAGUGGGUUAUCCCCUGGACACCGUUAAGGUCAGGAUACAGACACAGAGGAAAUUCGUUGGGGUUUGGCAGUGUAUUCACACCACCUGCAAGAAUGAAGGGGUAUGAACGAGGUGUAAAUAGGUUUUAUUUCUUUUAUACUGAGAUAUAUAAGCCUUACUGUAUAUUCACAGGUGUAUGGAUUCUAUAAAGGCAUGUCCAUGCCCAUCACUACAGUCUCCAUCAGCUCGUCUGUGUUGUUCGGCACAUACAGGAAUACACUUCAGGUGUUGCACCACCUGCGGGGUCAAAGGGCAGAUGCCCCCAGUGCCAAACAGGAUAUCUUUCUAGCAGGCUUCGCCGGAGGGAUUGCUCAGGUUUCAGUAAUGUCUCCAGCAGACAUUGUGAAAGUGCGUCUUCAGUGUCAGACCCAAAUAUAUCAGGGAUCUGACUUCAAAUCCAGGCCUAAAUACCACGGGCCUAUACACUGUGUCUUAACCAUCGCCCGUGAAGAAGGAGUGCUGGGCCUUUACAAGGGAGCCGGAGCCUUGGCACUAAGAGACGGCCCGUCUUUCGCCACAUACUUCCUCGUCUACAACACUGUCUGUGAUUGCCUGUCUCUGGACAAGAACUCUAAGCCAGAAUGGAAGGUGGUGAUGCUCGCUGGAGGAUUAGCAGGAAUGUGUGCCUGGACCGUCGGGACCCCCAUGGACGUGAUAAAGGCCCGCUUACAGACUGACGGUGUGGGCCAGAAGCACUACAGAGGAUUUUUUCACUGCAUAACCGAAAGUGUCCGAACUGAGGGAACCUCUGUUCUUUUUAAAGGCCUUAUGCUGAAUUGUAUACGUGCCUUUCCGGUCAACAUGGCUGUUUUUGCCAUGUAUGAGCUGACCAUCCGCUUCCUACAAACAAAGUCAUAGGUUGUUCUGUUUAUUAUUAUGUGUAAACAGUGCCAUGGGUGAGAGUUUCAGGAAAAUCAUUCCUGUGUGAGAAAGCUGGUUUGGUGGUUUAUUUAGUAUGUUAACUAAUUUGCAUUGAAUUGCAGUGACUACCUCUAUUGAAAGUUUCAUCGAAUUUGAUUCAUAUGUUUAUUUGCAUUUGUUAUUCCACAGUGAUCAUUUCCUGGUGGAA